AUGGAAAGUGGAAUAGUGAAGCAGGAGCUUAGUUUCAUAUAUGGCGAUCUUGAAGGUGAAAAGCUUAUCGAUAUUACAGAGGAGGAUGAUGAUCUUCUCAUCAAUUCUGAUUAUUUUGAUUCUCUUGAAGACCAAUGUAUUCGCCUCUCAGUAAGAUAUGAUAAUCCAAAUAAGCAUGAGGGCUUCAAGUCGCCAGAGUCUCAACCGUCUCAAGAAAUUGAAAGCACACCACUGGAAAAGCUCCAGCAAGAGGGACAGAAGCUAUCUUGUCAUGAUUUUGUGCCAGCAAGACCAAGCUACUUGCGCCAAAGUUUGGCUUGGGACAGUGCCUUCUUUACUAGCGCAGGAAUUCUUGAUGGUGAUGAGUUAACUUUCAUUAAUGAAGGCUUCAGGACAGCUGAAAUGCAACGACCACCUGAUACUGCUUCAAGGAAAACCAAGAUUGGCAUUCAGAAUAAGAUUAAAUCAUCAGCUUUAGAGGGAAGAAACGUCAAUACUCAAAGAUCAGUCAAGAAUAAGGCUGAGCACAUGUCUAAAGGAGAAGAGACCCCUUCCCUGCCUCUCAAGGCUCCCAAGGUACUCAGGCGAAUGAAAAAUGCAUUGAUGGGACAAAGCAAGAGUGCUAAAGUGGAGAAUGUAGCUGCCAAAACUUCAUCUGGAUCAAGAAACAGCACAGUGUCUGACUCGACUUCCACUUCUGACGCUGCAGUGAGAUACCUGUCCAAAAGUAAAGGGUUGAGAAAUUGUAGAUUGUCAACUCAAUCAUUGUCACUUUCCAACAAUUUUUCUUCCGUAUCACCCGCUGGUUCUUCCUUCGGUAUGUCAUCCUCUGGACCAGGAUCAAGAACCAAGCAAAAAUCUAAUGAUACAGAAGUUCAUUUUGAUACUCCAGUUACAUUGACAAGGACCAAUACACAAGAUGAAGUAAAUCCAUCACCACAUUUGACAAAUAACCUCCACAGAAAAUUCACUGCUUGCCUGCUGAAUAAGCAAACAAAUUCUCUAGUUCUUCAGAGCAAGCAAGGUUCAGCUGAUGCUUCUCAUGUCCCAACUGAAUCUAGGAAAAAGCUUAAACCAUCAUAUCUUCGCAUGCCAUCACCAAAGAUUGGGUUUUUUGAUGAGAAAUCGUUGAUGCCAACUGUUGGACAAGGUUUACAGUUUCAUUUUGAAAUGCAGUGCACCCCACCUACAAAAUCUGGGCCUACAAGUAGGAAAACACCUGAUAAACCUCUAAAAGCAAGGACUUCAUCAGAGACAAGGUGCAUGAAACACGGUUCACAAAGCACUAAUCCUGUUAAAGACAUAAAGCUAAGAGAUGUUUCAUCAGAUGGAAAGCUCAAGAGUUGUUCCCCACAAGGUUGGAGCACCAAGAAAUCUGGGUCAGAUUCAAGUUUGAGAUUUCAGUCUGGUACAUGCGGGGAAACAGAAGAAAAAUUUUGCUCAAAAUGCAGGAAAGUUCAUUCCGGGAAAUGUGAGCAAAAAAGAGUUGGCCACACUGAUGAAAGGACAAGGGUUAAGGGGAGACUGAAUGGUAGGUUAAGCAGAGAUGCUAAGGUGCAAAGAACUGAUCCUGUCCUUCAACCACAACCAUCAGCUCCGGUUAAGAAAGAGAAAAAUAGCUGCAAGCAACACAAUGCCAAUAAUUCGCAUUCAUCAGUUGAGGACAAGGCAAAAAUUUUGGCAAAUCUUAGGGAUCAAGUUAAUGAUUUAAGCAGGUAUUUUUGAGGUCAUUGAUUUGAGCAGGGAAAUGCUGACA